AAUAUUUUUCAAUUGUCAAUGCUGAAAGUGUAAACGCAAUUUUUUUUCUGAAUUUUUGCCAAGGUUCCUUUUGGAAUCACGUUUAUCAAUAAUAUACAAAUUAAACGUAUUCAUUGCCUUAAAUAUCAGUAACAAUGCCACGUGGUAAAUACGUGAAUCAUAAGGGACGUCGACGUCAUUUCACUUCUCCUGAGGAGCUGCAACAGCAGAGCGAAGAUGAUUCUAGCAGUGAAGCAGAGUCUGAUGAUGAAGGCGCAGACCAACCAGGCGGUAGUAAGGCACGCGGAGCCAUAUCGAAGCAAUCAGCUAAAGCCGGCAAAAUGCCAACAAGCAGUGAGGAUUCUGAUGAGUCUGAUGAAGUAGAUCGAGACGCCAAGAAGGGUGUUGCCGGCUUAAUAGAGAUUGAAAACCCAAAUCGCCGUCUUAAAAAAGUUACUCAAAAAAUUGAGAACAUAAGUUUGGAUACUAAGCCUGAGUUGUCGCGUCGCGAACAGAAACAAUUGGAGAAUCAGAAGAAUCGUCGCCGUUACGAACAACUUAGGGCUGAAGGUAAGACUGCAGAGGCUAAAGCCGAUUUGGCACGUCUCGCAUUGAUACGUCAACAAAGGGCUGAAGCAGCUGCUAAACGGGAGGCGGAGAAGAAGGCUGCCGAAGAUAAGAAAAGUACUAGUGAAACUGCUGGGUCUGGCGGCUCAUCAACGACUAACAUCGUAUUAACAGAUGCAAAGAAUGAAAAACCUGCUGCUACCAAUUCGAAAGUUCUGUAAAAUUAUCUUCUUUUUUUUUCACAAAUAUUAAUAAAACUGCAAUUUUUUCUAUAAA